CCUAUAUUUUCAUAUUAUAUAUAAAGUUGAGUCAAUCGUUUUGCUUAGAAACCAUUCAUAAAGGACAUCCACUAAAAUCGAUCUUUUUUAGACUCUUUCUUCUCCCUUGUUCGCUUUCGACAGACCCACCCUUCUUCGCUCUGGAUGUCUGGUAGAAUUUUUUUAUUUUCAAAGAAAUAGUAUAAAGUGAGCGAAAAAAAAAAUGAAAUAACUUAAUUCCAUUUCAAUCAUUUGUUUUAUUUUUUGAUCAAAAAUUUCAAUUAAAAACACUAUUAAAUCAUAGAUAAUCACAGAAAAAUAUCUUUUUCUAUAGUAGAUAACCACAAAAUGAUGAAAGACUAAAGAAAAAGCGUUUCAGUUUUAUCUCAUUGAUCAUCACAGAGUUCUCAUUCUUCAAGAAAUUCACUAGUUGUACAUGCUUGAUAAUUUUCAAUAAAUCUAACUAAUUGCAUUGGAUGGGAUACUAACUCUUGUGGCAACAAGCAUAGAAUGGUAAAAAAUUAAAUAAACAAAAUCAAUAUGCACUCAAUAAAUAAUGAUAGCAAAGAUCUUCUUAGUUGUCAAACUAAAUUAAUGAAAUGCACUUCGAUAACUUUCCACUCAUAAAAGUGACAUUAUCAACCAAAAUUUACAUUCGUCACUUUUACACGGUUGAGAUAAGUCGCAUCUUAUUUUCUUCGGUUACGUACAUUUCUUUGUUUAACUCGUCAAUUUUAUCUUUGUCAUUAAUUAAUUAUUUCGCACAAUUUUCAAAUUAUUUUUGGAAAUAUUAAUUAAGGUAAUCAUCUCCAGGUGGUUUUACAUUAGGUUUUAUCUUAAUUAUGCCUCCAAAAAAAGGAGGAACAGGUGCAAAUAGACAAAGGUAAAAUAGCAUCAAUUCUAUUAAUGCACAACAAGGUCAAACAGCAGUAGCUGAUGUUGGAGGAACAAUGGCGAUGAGUCAUAGUCCAAGAACAAAGGCUUCUGCAGUAACAAAGGCUUUUGUAGGAACAAAGGCAAGCCUGAAAAAGCAAUCAAAUUUUAGCAUAGCUCCUCUAAUUCUAGAGGGCGUAAAGCUAAAUAAAUUGCAACUAAAUGAUAUUAUAAAACUGCACUUAAAGGACUUACGAAUUUCUGAUAUUCAGCUAAGUCGAUCUGGAAUUUUUACAAUAUAUGUAAUCGAUGUCAACUCGUUUAAUCGUCUGUUAAAUGAGCUGACACCAAUCCUUGCAACAAAUGGACAGGCUACAGCCAAAAUAUAUGUGCCCCGAUCCAUUCAACGUAUCGAAGAUACAGAAAAAGUCGCGUUUGUUAAAAACGUCGACGUAGAAAUUCCUGAAAGUCGAAUAAUUGAAGCAUUAAAGGAGGCUGACUUUGAUGCUAUUGAUGUUGUUCGACUAAUGAACAAAACUAAAAACGUUCAUACAAAAACAGUCAAAAUUACAUUCGUUGAUCCACAAAAUCGAAAUACAUUCGUCCAUACUGGUCUACAAGUGGAUUCAAUGCAUUUUAUAGCUGAAACAGCAAACCAUAACACCAAGCCAGUACAAUGCUAUUUAUGCCUUAAAUACAAUCAUGUAGCAAAGUACUGCAAAUCAAAGCAACAGAUAUGUGCUCGAUGUGGUGGUAAUCAUCAUAUGGAUCAAUGUACUGCUGCUCCUGAUUUGUUGAAAUGCUGCAAUUGUAAUGGUAAACAUUUGACAACGUCUAAUGACUGUUCUAAAUAUAUAGAAUAAGAAAAAAGACUGCUAAAUCUGGUUAAUCAAUAUGCAACGUCACACAAGGCAACAUCAUUAUCAGCUCUUAAUGAUCUUCAAGAAUUUCCAUCAUUACCAAGUAUCCAACAUCGUCAACACCAACAUUUAAACAGUGAUAUCUUGGAAGAAUUAGUAAAUAUUCUUACCAGUAAAAUGGAAAAGAUCAUCGAAGAUUCUACUAGUCGUUUAAUCAAAUCUCUGCAAGAACGAAUCAAGAAAAUUGAAAAGACCAUUGCAGCAGUAGAACGUAUUAUUAGUGAUGAUGAUAUGGAUACUAAUCCAUUAUCGGAUUCUAGUAGCGACGAUGAUAUUCAAGUAUUAAACAGCAAUAAGGUUAAACAACAACGUAAACCAUCAGCAGUUACUGGCGAAACUAAAAAAGCCAAGAACAACCCGUCGUCGACAUUAAUUUCAACAACAACACAGUCAACAGCUAUUACUAUUGAUAGUGCUAUUAAACCUCAACAUAAAUCAAAAACAACAUCCAAAGCAGUCAAGCGAAAUCGUUCUCCCAACAGUUCAUUAGAUUCCACUACAACUGAUAGCAAAGAAUUAAAAACAAAUAUUAAUGAAGAUUAG